AUGGGUCGUGAAAGAAUAUCUAUGAAACUAAUUCAAAACGAGAAAUCAAGAAAGACAACAUUUGAAAAGAGAAAGAAAGGCUUAAUGAAAAAGGCGAAUGAACUUUCCAUUCUUUGUGAUGUUGAUGUUUGUGUGAUUCUCUAUAAACCCAACUCCGAAGGACAAGGAUUUGCAGAACCUGAAAUGUGGCCUAAAGACACAAACGAGGUACAAAGAAUUCUUCAAAAAUACUAUAACACGACAAUCGAUAGACGUCCUAAGGUCUAUCAUCUUCAAGAGUAUUUCGAAGAAAGGUUGAAGAAAGUUGAGUUUGAGAUUUCGAAAGUGCGAAAACAAAGGCUAAAGAUCAAGUAUCCAGCCUGGGAUGAAGCUUUUGAGUCUCUUAGAGGGAAUGAAUUGAAGACGCUUAUUAGCACAUUGGAUUCUAGGUUUGCUUCUUGCUGUCAAAAGAUGGAUAUGCUUAAAGGAAAAGCGAUUGUGGAACAAUCACAACCACAUCCUAGUACUUGUAAUUUGAUCUCAAAUCCUUCUGUAAAUAACAUGUUUGAAGCACAAAUUUAUCCUCCUUCGAUGAACAUAAGCGAUAAAACUCCGAUGUUUUGGCCACUUCAAGAGGGACAAAGCUCUCAACCUUCUUCAAUGAUUUCGAGUCCACAAACUUCCUAUCAUCCACUUCAAUUAGGACAAUGCUCUCAACCUUCUUCAAUGUCUUCGAGUGCACAAGACUUUUAUCAGACACAUCAAUUAGGACAAAGUGUUGAACCUUUUUCGAUGAUUCCAAGUGCACUAGCCUCUUAUCAACCACCUCUAUUAGGCCAAAGCUCUCAACCUGCUUUGAUGAUUUCGAAUGCACACGUCUCCUAUCAGCCACUUCAAUAUGGACUAACUGCUCAACCUUCUUCGAUGAUUUCUUCGAGUGGACGAGCUUCUUAUCAGGUCGAGCCUGACGAGUCUCAUCGCUACGAAAAUGGUGAAAACUUGUCACCAUACUGUUACAAUGGGAACACAUCAAUGCAAUCAUAUCCUGUUAAUCCACCACAUGGAUUUCAACAUAAUGGAAUCACUGAUAUGGAUGUUCUUCAAGAUGAUAUGUUCAACUACAUGGAUGAAAGGAAUUAG